CUUCAGGUUAUUUCAGCAGAGCAGCAGCAGCACAACAAGCUGCCAGCGUGUUUGUCAGCUGACAGAUCUGUAAACCAAAUUGGGCUUUCGGUCGCUGCUGCCAUCUUUGGUGCCAUGGGGAGCCCACCAGCCAAGAUGAAGUUUUGCCCCAUCCACAUGCUUUCUGUAAGAAUCAUACAAGCUAAGAACAUCAAGUCAAGAGACCUGUGGACAGUUCCACUUUCGUGCCAAAACUUUGCGGGGCAAUGUUAUUCACUGCUCGAUACCAGUCUGAAGUAUUUAGGCAUCUCGGGCUGCAGUAGAAAUCUUCAGUCAAGUCCUGACUCCAGCUCUGAAAGACAUCACUUUGGAGAUUUCCGUUGUCCAGCUUCACAAAUGACUGCGUCAGACUGCUAUGUGCGCUUGUGGCUGCCGUCUGCUUCACCUGGAACGCUUCAGACCAAAACCGUCAGGAAUUCUGACAACCCUGUCUGGAACGAGACUUUCUACUUUAGGAUCCAGAGAGAAGUUGAGAACAUUUURGAAUUGGCAGUGUGUGAUGAAGAUCCACUCACCAAAGAUGACYUGCAGUUCACAGUUCUUUUUAAUCUUGCUAGAAUCAGACCUGGGGAGAGAGUCCGCGAGACAUUUGCUUUGAAAUCAGAGACAGAGAUGUGCAGUAAGAAAUGGGAAAGUUUGGAAGUGGAAUUCUGGAUGGAAAGAAUUCCUGGCCCUCCAGAGCGCCUCAUUACCAAUGAUGUUUUAGUGUCCCGUGAGGUUUGCUGCUUGGAAGUGCAUGUGGACAUUAACGAAAGCAGGAAAUAUUUGAGAGAGGGUAAAAAUCUCGUGCUUACGGUGCCUGCAUCUCAUGAGAGAAAACAGAAGACUACAGAGAACACGGAUACUUUCUACUUCCAUUGCUUGAGGGCUUGGGAGCCAGUCCUAAAAGUCAGGCUGCAGAAAGUUUCUGAUAAGGAAGAUGACGACAGCAAUUUAAGUGACACCUUAACGGUACCACUGAAAUUUCUCCCUGUUGGACGUAAAGUGAGAGUAACCCUUCCUGUAAGACAUAAUGUGCCACUACAGUUGUACCUCCAACUAAAUGAUUGCACGGAAAAACUAGAUGUGCGCUUAGGGUAUGAUCUGUGCCAAGAAGAACAAGAGUUCUUGCAUAAAAGGAAAAGAGUGGUUGCUGGUGCCCUGAAAAGGGUUCUUCAUCUGGACAGAGAUCUACAUGGACAUGAGGUCCCGGUGAUAGCUGUUAUGGCAACAGGGGGAGGUCUCAGAGCAAUGUCAGCUAUGUUUGGCCACCUCUUAGCUCUCCAGAAGCUACAUCUGUUGGACUGUGUCACGUAUCUCACCGGGGCUUCUGGYUCAACAUGGACCCUAGCAGACCUGUAUGAGCAUGCUGACUGGUCACAGAAGUCUCUGGAGGGGCCACUUAAGGCUGUAAAAGARCAAGUGACAAAAUGCAAACUCAACCUCAUGUCUAUAGACCAYCUGAAGUAUUAUCACAAGGAACUCACUGAAAGGGCAAAAGCAGGACAUGUGUCGUCUUUUACAACUCUGUGGUCACUUGUUCAGGAGAUGUUCUUACAUGAACGGCCAAGAAAGUACAAACUCACAGACCAGCGCAAGGCAUUGCAGCACGGACAAAACCCAUUGCCUUUCUACGCAGUCCUCAAUGUGAAAGAGGAGAAGUUUGGUACUUUYAAAUUUAGAGAGUGGGCAGAUUUCUCUCCCUAUGAAGUGACCAUACCGAAAUACGGAGUCUCCAUUCCUUCAGAAUAUUUUGACAGCGAGUUCUUCAUGGGAAGGCGAGUGAAGAAGCUGCCAGAAUCUCGGAUCUGCUAUCUGGAAGGUCUUUGGACAAAYAUCUUUACUAGGAAUUUGCUGGAUGGCUUGUACUGGUCCUCAAACUCAAAUGAAUUCUGGGAACGAUGGGCCCAAGAUAUGGUAGAUAUAGAAAGACAUUGUCCUGAGGAAGACAUUACUGUCAUCGAGCCUCCAUCUUGUUUGUCAGGAAAGUUGUAUGAAAUGUUUCAGGACAUUAUGACCAAGCGUCCACUACUGGGACAGUCGCAUAACUUCCUGAGAGGCUUAGAAUUUCAUAAGGAUUAUAUCCAUCAGAAAAAAUUUAUUGAAUGGAAAGACACUGUGCUGGAUGGCUUCCCUAACAACCUGACACCGCUGCAGAAAUAUCUUUGUCUGAUAGAUGUUGGCUAUUUCAUCAAUACCAGUGGUGCAGCACUYUUCAAGCCAGAGAGGAAUGUAGAUGUCAUUAUAUCCCUUGAUUAUGGUUUGGGGAGCGUGUUCAAGCAAUUACAGAUGACGUACAAAUAUUGCAAGAUACAAAAUAUCCCAUUCCCCAAAGUGGAGAUAAGUCCAGAAGAAGAGAAGAACCCGAAGGAAUGUUAUAUCUUUUCGGAUGCAGAGGACCCCAGAGCACCCAUAGUAAUCCAUUUCCCCCUGGUGAAUGACACUUUUAAGGAAUUYAAGGAGCCAGGGGUAAGGCGUGGUCACUCRGAGAUGGAAGAAGGCAAAGUUAACCUGGAGAACAACUGCUCGCCAUACUACCUCAUCAGGCUAAUCUACUCCUCUGAAAAUUUUGAUAAACUUGUGAAUCUGAGCAAAUACAACAUCCUCAAUAACAAAGACAGGCUCCUCCAGGCAAUCAGCUGUGCUGUAGAACGAAGGAGACGCAGAAGGACUGGGAAUUUCUCCAGCUACUCUGGAUACCCCUAGGCUGGGUUUUUGCACUGYUCCCCACCGGAGGCUAUAGCAGCACAUUGCAACACAUCACAGUCACAUUACAACACAUCACAGUGUUUAUUAUUUGCAGAAAGCUGARGAAACCUGUACAUUUCUCACCUUGCCUUGUUCAAGCUCAUAGCUUUCAAAAGGGUUUAUUUAAUCUCGUUCCCCUGUAUUUUCAGCCCACAAGAGCCUCACAGUGUGGUCUUACUUGUUAAGAAAUUAAGGUUCUGGUUAGCAGAGACCUCCCAGGAUCUCCCUGAUCUUAUAGCAUAUGGUGGUGGUGGUAGUUCUUUGUAUGAGCCUGUGCCUUCAACCCUGAGCCCAUUGUCAGUGUCCUUUCAGUACUUCAUUACACGUCAAGUCCUGGCCAUUUGCAUUCAGUGAUGUCCAGAUUUUCAGACAGGCUGAGCAACUAGAAUUUGCACUGAAUUGGUGGGCUCAGCUUUGAAGUCAGGCAUGUGUAUGUGAACAGCGGAUAAACUGCAGUGUGGACAAUUGCACUCUGUCUGGCCCAUUCCCCUUGCUGAUUUAGAAAUUACUCCUUUUUUCCAUUCCCCUGCAAGAGUUUGGCACAGAAAUGCUGCUCCAGACUGCCAUGAAGGGGGUGGUUACAUUUCAAGAGAGCAGUUGGUAGCUGCAGUGAGUGAGUACUGUUCUUCUGAGCAUUUUCUGGAGGAAAAGUUCUGCAUAAAGCCCGAGUGAUCAUACUGAUUUUUACCAGCAGUGCCUUUAUGAAUUAAAAUUGCRAGGGCCUGAAACAAGUUUCAUAGCAGAAGCUUGAGAGGAAUAAUUACCAUAGACUCAAGUACAUUUAAUUUAGUAAUCAUGAGUGAGACACAAGGUGGUUCUCCUUACAGAUGUAAGCUGAAUGUAGGACAACAUCAUAACUCACUAACAGAGUGCAUAGCCAUUGUAUUUUCAUCCCCAGAACAAGCAUAGCAUAGCAUUUUUCCCUUUAUAGUCUUCCAUCCCUAGCAUCACAGGCAACAUAUUUUUAAUAGGUGUUACAUAAAAUACAGCACAAAUUAGAAAAAAAUAGGACACACAUUUUCCUCCUUGCUGGAGGAAAAUAUUAGGGAAAUGACACCUGGUUUUCAUUUGCUUCGGAGUGCAGUGAGAGAUUUUGCCUUGAACUAGRAGCUUGGAACAUCUGUAUAGCCCUCCACUGUAUUAUAAAGCUAAUAGGGAAGAAUGCUGAGUACAGAAGUUGGAGAAGUUUGCAGACUUCCUCACACUGAAGGAUUUGGACCUGCUUCUGGAUUAUUUAUUCCAUGAACAGCAUAUUCAUCAGAACUACCAAGGAAAAUUUCACAUAUUUCUUCUGUGUUGGAAAUUUGCUUGAGAUCUAGAAUUAGUUGUACAUGAAGUCAAAAAUUAGACAAAGAAAGAGGGGUCUGUCUUCUUCAUAUACACAGGCAAUAUUGAAGCUCAAAGGGAGAGAAUUUACAAAAGACUUGGUUGCCAAAGCCUGCAUCUACUAAACGCURCUUCUGCUGCAAUGGCAAUGGGUAAACCUCAGCAGUGUUUUUGAUACAAUGCUCACUUGCUGAGCUGAGGAAUACCAUGCAGAACCUGAGGAGUGUUAACAGCUGGAAUACAAUUGUGCAGCAGGAUCCAGAUGGUGAGAAGAUAACAACUAAUUCAAUACUGGCUGUAAGACAAAACAUAAAGAGCCAUUUUGAGCUGAGAGUGAUCCAGCUGGAUGUGUUACCUUUGCACAGGAGAGCAGYGUGUCCUGGCACAGUAUUUUGUGGCACUUACAAGCCCACAUGGCUCUGUGCACACGUGCAUAGGGGGUGCACCAUUCCUGUGCUCCUCUGGCUGGUCCUAGAAAGCUCUGCUGCUGCAAAAAAAGACAUCCCUGUUGUGUUCUUGGGCUACAGUGAACAAUCUGUACCCCUUGUGAACCUUGGCAGCACAUGCCCAGCAGCGAGGCAGCUCAGCCACACUGACACAAUUGGGACUCUCAAAAUGCUGUGCAGACCAAUAACUGGGCAUGUUUGGUGCAUUCACAGUGCUGCUAAUGCAAACAGAAAUGCUGACUWAAAUGUGAAGGAGCCACAAACCCACAAGGUUUUCAGGUAACCCACAGUCAGUGGGGAAUAUCUGAGGGACUGUUAAAGCUGUUAUAAAGGGAGGGAAGGAGGAUGGGAGGGAGGGAGCCUUGGGUGGGGAGGGUUCUCUGCUGGGAGAGCUGUCACCAAAGGUUUUACUAACACUUAGAGUCAGGUUGGGAACUGCAAUCUAAUCUUGCAGCCAGAGGCACAGACAGGCAUGUGCCCUUUCAUCUCCUUGUGGUCCAUGUGGUACCUCUGUAGCUUUAAAUGAUAAUAGCUUUUUCAAAUGUAUUUUUGCAUUUCAGAGCCUGAAAUGAUGUGAGGGCUGUAUCACUGCCCAUCAUAGUGCCUUUUUGUUUUAUUUUGGUUGCCUUUUUGUUUUUGUAGCAUGAUGUGAGUGCAGCACAUGGGGACACAGCUUAGUGCUGGGCUUGGCAGUGCUGAGUUAACAGCUGGACUCGAUGGCUGUAGAGAUCUUUUCCAACCUAAACGGUUCUAGGAUUCUGUGCCAUUGAGGGAAUGUGUUGAUGGCUUGUUGGUGUGGUAGGAGGAGCUGGAGGGCAUUUGUGAASACAGAAGCUGCUGGAGGACUCUGCAGGUUGGAGGGACCUACAGCUUGCACAGUCUUGUCUGUGCAGCUUUUGGGAAGUUGUGGCUGGCACAGUCUGUCCCUCAAAGCACCCCUGAACUCUGGUUCAGAGCAUGCUGAUUAGCACUGCCCCAAACCCACAGAAAUAUAGGGCACAGUUUCAGUGACAUUAGGCUGAUCAGUGACCUGUGCUCAGGACUGGUCCUUGUGCCCUUUAGGGUAAAUAUGGAGUCUAAGGGCCUCUGAAAUUUUGUGUGCUGGUUCCUCAAAGGUUGGGGGGUAUUUUUUCCCUUGGCCCCUUUCUUGCCUAGUGCCCCAUGCUGUACUGUGGCUGAGCAGAGUGCAUGCAAAGCAAAGCAGGCACUUCCAGGAGAAAGCUGCCUCUCUGCAUCUCACCAGAAAAAAGCACAUGCCGUACUUAUAAACCAGGCCUUGCUGGUCUGGGGUUGUGUUUGGUUAACCACUGGAGAAGAAUGCAUGCCCACCAAAAACCUCAUCUGAAAUGCACCCCACAUCACUGCUCUCUGAUGAACAUUUUGCUGGAAAAUCCUUGAAAAUAUAGAGCUUGCUAUCUGCUGCCAAACACAAAGGAAAUGAAACUGUUCAUCUAACUAUUAGUUGCUCUUCAUAGAAAUCACUUGCUUGUGCCUUUUAACCAUUUAAUAAUAUAUUAGUUCAAAAUAAAAUAUUGCAAAAGAGCACCA